GUCACAUCGGUUGACUGCUCAUCUCUUCGACAGAUCUUUACCUCCCCUACCUCCUUGUCAAAUCUAUAGCAGUGAUCAAGAUAGAAGUCGGUGGAUUAUUGCGCAAGCACGCAGCAGAGCUACGAAGACCAUUAGCCUUUGUCCGUCAUGCAUGCCAAGUCCCAGCCUACCAUGGACUACCCUCCAGGCGUCCAGGUUCCAACAUUCCAAGGUAUUCAAGAAGCUUACAAGCGUCUACAACCAGUCGUCAACCGGACCCCGCUGUUGACCUCGAGAACGCUGAACGAGCGGGCUACUCAGGCCUUCCGGCUCGCAUGUCAAGGUCGGGGUGGAGAUGACGGAAAGACGCGGAUUAUCCAGGAUAGCAAUGAUGUUCAGGGUGGAACAGAUCACCAAGACGUCAAGAUCGAGGUGGCCUUGAAAUGCGAGAACUUUCAGAAAGUCGGAGCCUUCAAAUACCGAGGAGCGUCAAAUGCCCUCCUCAAACAUAUCGACAAACUCCGCUCAGGAUCAGACUCUAACCAGGAUCCGAAGGAGCUAUGGGUGUUUACGCAUUCUUCUGGCAACUUCGCACAAGCGAUCGCCUGUUCAGCGAAAAAUCUAUCCACCCCCUCCCUCCUCGUCCACGCAACGAUCAUCAUGCCCCACACCGCUCCGCCCAGUAAACGAGCCGGAGUGAUCGAGUACGGAGCGAAAGUUGUCGGGUGUGAGAAUGCGAAGCGGGCAGAGGUCUGUGAAGAGGAGAUGAGCAAGGCCCGAGCGGAGGGGAAGACAGUCCUCUUCCUUCCUUCAUACGACCACGUGGACGUGAUAGAGGGCCAUGGCGGGCUCAUGCUCGAAGUUGAGACCCAAUGUAAAUCCUCGUCCGUUUGGGGCCAAGCAGGGAAACCGGACGUCAUUCUCUGUCCGAUUGGCGGUGGCGGCUUGAUUAGCGGGGUCAGUUUGGGUGCGAAGGGAGUUUAUGGGGAUGAAAUGGUCGUCAUCGGGGUUGAGCCUAGUGGAGCGGACGACACCUACAGGUCCCUGCAUUCGGGUGACUGGCAGCCCGCAGUCAAUCCCACCAAGACCAUUUGUGAUGGGCUCUUGACGGCGACGGGCUUCUUGACUUUACCCACCAUAAAACAGAACGUAAACGAGAUCGUAUUGGUGGAUGAUGAGGCGACGAUCAGGGCCAUGCGUUUCGUCUGGGAAAGGAUGAAAAUCAUCGUCGAACCCUCCUCAGCCAUGACUCUCGCCGCUAUUCUUGGCCAAUCCUCGAUCUCUGAUAGUGCAAGUACGGUAUGGCACCGGAUUGUUUACGAUACCCUUGCUCGACGUCAACAGCGACGACGAGAACGCGCUGACCAUCAUUACACAAGGCGGACCAACGAGCCUGACAGAAGCAACACCGAUCAGGAGGAGGAUGACGACAAGAUAUUCCGCGCUUGCGUGAUCGUGGGCGGGGGAAACGUCUCGUUCGAAAAGGUCUUCGAGUGGUUUCGAGGUCACGAUUGACACGUGCAAAAGACGUCGAGAACAUGGUCGCGGGUCGCAACCAGGUGGGUCGCAUUCCAGAUUGACAACACUGGUCAUGCCCUAGGCAUCGUAGGCAGGAUAUACAAGCCACGCGAUGCUUUACAGUUUCGUA